AUGAUGCAUAAAAUCUUAAAUAAAUAUGUUUAUUCAGAAGACGAUGAAAUAGGUCGAGGAGCGUAUGGUAUAGUCUUCAAAGGCCUUGAUUGCGUUACUAAAUAAUGCGUAGCGAUAAAAUUACUGAAUGCAGAUGACAUGUAGGAUUAAGACUCCAUUUGCAAAUUCCAAAAUGAAAUGAGCAUAAUCAAAGAAUUCCAAAGUCCGAAUAUCAUUAAAUUCAUCGAUUGUUACUCUGACAACAAACAAAAUAUUGCUGUCUUUGACUAUUGUGAUGGCGGAGAUUUGUUGAAAUUUCUCGAAAUAAAUUAAAACUCAGUGGAUGAAGAAACAGCCCUGAGAAUAUUGAUCUAAAUUGUGAAUGCAUUUAGAGAAAUCAUAGCCAAAGGGUACAUACACAGAGAUGUUAAGCCAGCCAAUAUUUUAAUAAAAAAUGGAAUUUUUAUGAUGGCUGACUUUGGAUUUGCUUUGAAAGCGACUACUUACGAAUAUUUCUAAUAGCCCGUAGGAACUCCUUUGUACAUGGCCCCUCAAUUGCUUGAUAAUGUUCCUUACACCUCCAAAUGUGAUAUAUGGUCUAUUGGAAUUAUAGCGUAUUAACUAGUCUAUGGAAAACAACCCUGGCCUUACGGAGAUUAUAAGUCAUACCUAAAGAACAUUAAGUGCUAUCCACUUCGAUUCCCUGUCGAAAAAACUGUUUCUGAUCAAUACAAAAAUUUCAUAAGACAAUGUCUCAAAAUUGACGAAAGGUAGAGAUUAAAUUGGGCAGAACUUUUUGAGCAUCCAUACUUUGACUCUAGGGCUUAGAAAUAAAAUAUCAAAAACAUUUAAGACUAAAACGGAUUUGAAAAUUAUAUAUUAGAGCAUAUACAAUUUAUGAUAAAAAUUAGAAAAUUAAAUUUUGAAGAAUAAUUUAAAUUAUUUGAUGUCAACUUAGAAGGAAAUUUGAGUCAGAAUUAAUUUUAUAUAUUUAUUCAAAGAGUAGAUCCCUCGUUGACUGAUCAAGAGUUGUUUAGCAUUUAUACUUAAUUGAAUGUAGAAAACAAGCAAAAAUUAAGUUAAAAUUAAUUUAAAUUGCUUUUCAAUAUCAAUGAUACAAAUGUGUUUAAAGAUAUAUAUAAGAAAUUUAUUUAAGAAUUUUAAGAUUUGAUAUCAACAAAUAAAUUGAAAAUUGAAAAUAUAUUCAAUUUUUAUGAUACAAAAAAAGUAGGAAGAUUAGGGUUUGAAGAAUUCUCUAAAUUAAUUUAAAGGGUGAAACCAACAUUGUUAAAAUAUGAAAUAGCAUUAAUUUUUGCAAAAUUUGAUCUUAAUAAUGUUAACUCAAUAAGUUUAGAGGAUUUUAAAAGUAUAGUUAGCCCUGAGCAAAAGAUUGUAGAUAAAAUAACUUUAAAAAAAAUACAAUAAGAUAUUAAAUAAUAUUUGAGAAAGAACAAUUUAACAAAUGAGUGCAUAUUUAAGAAAUAUAACAAAAGUAGAUCUAACAAGUUGAAUCUCUUAGAGUUUAGAAUAUUUUGUAAGGAAUUUAACAACUUACUUUCAACUGAUGAAAUAAAAUAACUAUUUAAGUAAGUGGAUAAAAACAACGAUAAAGUGUUAAGUUAUGAAGAAUUCAAUAAUUUUUUCAACUGA